UGGAUGUUAUAAGAUUGUCAUGUACAGUAGUAUGAGUAGUACUGAGAUGAAUUAACCUACAUAAUAAUCUACUCUUAUUUGUUCAGUGCAACCCAAGAUCAAGCUUAGGCCAGUGAAACAGGUUGGCAGCAGCUCAUUGGUGUGCAGUGCAUACGACUUCUACCCUAAACAGAUCAAAGUUUCCUGGCUGAGAGACGGUAAAGUGAUGACCACUGAUGCGGUGUCCAUCGAGGAGUUGGCUAAUGGGGACUGGUACUACCAGAUCCACUCCCACCUUGAAUAUACACCCAAAUCUGGAGAGAAGAUCUCCUGUAUGGUGGAGCAUGGUAGCUUCAAUAAACCAAUGAUUAUUGACUGGGAUCCCUCCAUCUCUGAGUCUGACUGGGAUAAAAUCUCUAUUGAAGCAUCUGGUCUGGUGCUGGGAAUCAUCACAGCAGCUGCUGGACUCAUGUACUACAAGAAAAAAUCUGCAGACUGAACUUUCUGUUAAAUGAGUGUAACGCUUCCAUGCCUACCUAUUGGGUGUUUUCAGGGCUUAAUCUGAAGGUUUAGAGAAAUAAAACCCUCGAAUACCGACGAGCUCUUUUUCCACACUUUAUUUUCUAUAUCACCU